UGCAGGCGCACUCCUGACCGGACGGCGGUGCUUGUUUGCUCCUGCAGGCGCACUCCUGACCGGACGGCGGUGCUGUUUGCUGCUUCUUUGCUCCUAUCUUCUCUCAGUGAAUUUGUGGUUGAAAAUGGCGGUGCGGAAGAAGGACGGAGGCCCGAAUGUGAAAUAUUUCGAGGCCUCGGAUACGGUGUCGCAGUUUGAUAAUGUGCGCCUAUGGCUAGGGAAGAAUUAUAAAAAGUACAUCCAAGCAGAGCCACCAACGAACAAGUCUCUUUCCAGUCUGGUUGUCCAGCUGUUACAGUUCCAGGAGGAGGUGUUUGGAAAACACGUAAGCAAUGCACCUCUUACCAAAUUGCCAAUGAAGUGUUUCUUAGACUUUAAAGCUGGCGGAGCUUUGUGUCAUAUUCUAGCUGCUGCUUACAAAUUUAAGAGUGACCAAGGAUGGCGACGCUUUGAUUUCCAGAACCCUUCCCGCAUGGACCGCAAUGUGGAAAUGUUUAUGACUAUCGAAAAGACACUGGUUCAGAACAACUGUUUGUCUCGACCCAAUAUCUAUAUAAAUUCAGAUAUUGAACCCAAGUUAUUGAGUAAACUGAAAGACAUCAUUAAGAGGCACCAGGGUACUGUUACCGAGGACAAGUCAAAUGCUUCACAUGUUGUUUACCCUAUUCCCGGCAGCACUGAAGAAGACAGACAUUCAUAAAAUGUUUGAGUUAUGUUCCAGUCCUGGAGGCAAUAUGUGGAGUCUGGUAACUAGAUAUGUUUCCAGAAGACGUAACAACUCAGUUAGACUUAUGGUGCGACUGGUGGAGUAAUGGAGCUUGAUUAUCAGCUCUCUCCUUCUGUCACCAUUCAUAAUAAAAACAAUAUGGCUGA